GAAAAACAUUAAUAAUAUAAUCAUGGCUUAUAAACUGUCCCUAAUCUUUGUCAAUAUUAUUAUUCUGGUUCUCCUAUCAACUUUUGCUUAUUCCGCACCAUAUAAUAAUACAACUGAACAUAAUGAAAAUGAUAUAAUUAAAGAACAAGAUGAUAACUUCAUUUGUCUAAGUGGGUCAAACAUAGCUUGUUGUCCUCAAUUGGCGCACCAUGUUGCUUCUAAAUAUCAUUCACGAUGUGCAUCAAUUGUUCUAAUUAAUAAGAGUGGUUAUAAUAUGGUUUUGGACAUUAUCAAUCUUGAAGAUGGUCGCUGGGUUACAUCGGAUGAUUAUGAUGAUAUUGAUAUAAAUUGUGAACCACACUCUCUUCUAAAUGAUGAAUCUGAAGCUAUAUCUAGUGUUACAAGUCAUUUUCUUGGUGGAAUAUCGAGUGUUGUUAUUUUCACCAUAGAUGAUGAUAUUUCAAGCAGUUUUUUUAUCUCUUGGAAUGUUCCAACUAUUGGUUCCCCUAAAUAUUUAAUUGAGUUCUUUGAUAAAUCAUCAAAAGAUAAAUACAGUAUUAUAACUCAAAAAACCUUUAGAAACACAGUUUUUCGAAUUGAAAUUCAUAAAAGAAUUCCUUGGACUUGGUCUAUUCUUCCAUUGCUUGUGUUUUUUAUCGCUAUACCUUGCUGUUACAUUCCAAUGAUUAUGAAAGAAUCAGAAUUCAGAGAACGACUGCUUAAUUCUACUAGUUGGCAACAAAAAUCUUAUAAUUCUAACGGACAAAGCAAUCAAUCUUCUAAUUCCAACGGACAGGGUUAAUAAACAAACUUAUAAUUCCAACGGACAAGGUAAACAAUUUUAUAAUUCCAACAGAAAAGGCAAGCAAUCUCUGAUAAAAUACAUAAUCUUCUAAUUCCAUCAUUCAAAAUAAUCAAUAUCCUAACACUAUCGGUCAAAAUAAUCAAUCUUAUAAGUUUUUUUGGAACUGGAAUUAUCAUUAUUUUAAUUUUAUGUUAUAAAAAGAUUUUUUCAGAAAAAAAUAUAUUGCAGUAACAAGUAGAAUCAAAUCUUUUGAUGAAUUUUUUUCAAAUUCAAGCCUGACUCCGAACAUUGGAAAUUGUAGCUAUGAUCUCAAUGAUUAUAUUUAGUAAAUUUUAAAGACCAAAAUUGUAAUAAAAUUUGCAAAUACUUUUAAAGUAAUGAAUAUCAGACAAGGGUCAUUGAUAAAAAAAAAGUGAAAUAAUAAAAAAAAAAAUAUAAAAA